AUGAAUAUCGAUUUAAAUGCGUGGAAUUUGCUGAUUUCGGCGUCGGAAGCAAAAAUUAUGCGAAGUUCCACAAAGGCGGAUGAGAAUUGUUUGGAAAAAUUGUGGAAUUCUGGGCGAAUAUUUAGUGAUUCGCAAUGGCAGUGGUUUAUUCAAUUUGUUGAUUUAAUAAAUGAAUUAUCAGUGAAAUGCGUCGAAGAGAUCGAUGCUAUUACGAUUAAUUUCAGAAUAAACGAAGCUGUCGCUGAAUGCUCAGAUGUUCCUUAUCCUAUCAAAUUCAAUAAAUGGGAAUUGGAUUUUGAAGAAAAUGAAUGCAUAAAACUAUACUUUGAUAUUUUCGAUGAUAAUGAUUUCUCCAAAAAUUGUACAUUCAUUUGUAUUGUCAGUUGGUUAGAACCGAGGAUGUUUCCUCGUUUACUCGAUUGUUCAAAUCCAUCUUAUCUACGAGGACGCCGUUUUGAUUUGUGGGAUUGCGAUCUUCCUUUUGCUUACAAUUUUUCUCGCAUAUUUUUGGGCAUAUCUUUCACACAAAAUGAAAAAAUAGAGAGUACAAAAAAAGAGGAAGUUGAAGUCCAUUCGGUACCAUGCAAAAUUGAAUAUACUGGACCAGCUAAUGUGAAACGCUAUUUACUUCGGGACAAACUUGAAAGCGGUGAAGAAAUAACGACAUUCCGUGGCCGGUUACUUAAUGGAUCAAUUGCCGAAAUGCCUAAUGAUUAUAAAUUGUUUGUUGCCAAAGAGUGUGACGGACACGGUGUGCUUGCAGGAGAAGAACGAAGAUUUGAUGUUGAACGUGUAUUAAGUUCAUUUUUAUUAUGGGAAUAUGAUCGGCCUUCCUCGGAAAAUUCACCAAUCCGACGUGCUAUUAACUUUAUAAAUAUUGCUGAAGAUUUGGCAGCGGAUGAUUAA